AUGGAUAUCAUUAAUGCUACUUCGGAUUAUCUUGCAGAACUGAGGGGCGAAGCACCGGUCGAACUUGAACAUUAUUUCCUGGAAUUCGAAGACCAAUGGGAAAGAAAACUAUGGCAUCAAUUGACGGAUACACUCAUCGAAUAUUUUAAACACGAAAAAAGUGCAUUCCAGCGUUUGCCUCUAUAUCGAAAUUUUAUACUUCAUUUCGCAGACAAAAUCAACCAACUAAAACUUGUGACUCUUGCCCUGAGCGCUGCUUCACAAUGCCGAGAUAGCCAAGAACGCCUUGAAUUCCUAUCAUCAGUGGCUACCAAGGUUGACAAUCCCAAUUCACAGGACGCCUAUGUCUACGCCACAGUCGCCGUAGCUACGGUAAAAUUAGAGUUACGUGAUUUCGAGAGCGCGAAAAAAGACCUUGUGAAAUCAGAGAAAAUACUAGACAACUUUGACUCGGUUGAGACAAUUGUCCAUGCAACCUUCUAUAAAGCAAACGCAGAGUACUAUCAGGCAAGCAGAAACUUCAGAACCAAAGAGGAAUUUGCUUCUUACUAUCGAAAUGCCCUGUUAUAUCUUGCCUGCAUCAAUUUGGAUGACCUAACGCCUGCGGAGCGUCGAAUUCGGGCCUAUGACCUUGCAACCGCUGCGUUAGUAUCUGACACCAUUUAUAAUUUUGGAGAGUUGUUACUACACCCCAUACUAGAUUCUUUAAAACCUAAUGACAAGGUGCUCUAUGACCUACUUUUCGCUUUCAAUCAAGGCGAUUUGACUGCUUAUGAGACUUUAAUUGGUCAAAUAAGCUCAGAUUGUUUACUCAAACAGCACCAAGAAAGCUUGAAAAACAAAAUAUACCUCGCUGCGUUGACCGAAGCUGUUUUCCGAAGGCCACCGCACGACCGAGCAAUGUCUUUUCAAACUAUCUCCGAAGAAACUAAAGUACGUCCAGAUGAAAUAGAGCAUCUCAUAAUGAAAGCUCUAAGCUUAGGGCUAUUGAGAGGGACCAUUGAUCAAGUAGACAAAAUUGCAUGUAUAAACUGGGUACAGCCUAAAGUACUAGAUCUGAAACAAAUUGAUAGUAUGCGACAAAGGCUAGAGGAAUGGGAUUCCACAGUCAAUUCACUAGGAAACUGGAUUGAAUUCAAAGGAAAGGACGUUUGGGCCGCAUGA